AGUCGCACACUUUUCAUUCCCAGCGCAAUUUUCCUUCUCUGGUUUCAUAGCAAGCUCCUCGAUUCAGCCAUGGCACCAAUUGCAGUCGGUGAUGUGAUCCCCGAUGGAACCCUGGCCUACUUCGACGAACAAGAUCAGCUCCAGUCUGUCUCCAUCCACUCCCUUGCCGCCGCCAAGAAGGUCAUCCUCUUCGCCGUCCCCGGUGCCUUCACUCCCACCUGCAGCCUGAAGCAUGUUCCUGGGUUUAUUGAGAAAGCCGAGGAGUUGAAAUCCAAGGGCGUUGCCGAAGUUAUUUGCAUUAGCGUGAAUGACCCCUUUGUGAUGAAGGCUUGGGCAAAAACUUUCCCUGAGAACAAGCAUGUCAAAUUUCUGGCUGAUGGCUCUGGAACCUACACCAAGGCCCUCAACCUUGAGCUUGACCUCUCUGACAAGGGACUCGGUAUUCGCUCCAGGAGGUUCGCUCUCUUGGUGGAUAACCUCAAGGUGAUUGUUGCUAAUGUUGAAGCUGGGGGUGAUUUCACCGUCUCUGGUGCUGAUGAAAUCCUCAAGGCUCUCUAAAUUCCUUUGGAUGUAGCUUAUUCUGAAGUUUGAGCUUUCAGCCUGAAAAUAGUAGUGCUUGAGUAUACAACCGGCGCUUUGGGCUAAAUAUUUUGAAGAUGUUUUGUGAUGUGUUAAAAAGCGUAUUUUUAUAUUAUGUAUUAUUAUUGUCUAAUAAAAAAGAGCGGUGUUCUGACUUGCGUAGAGGACCGCUCUCUUGUUUAUAGGUUCUUUCAUUAA